AUGGAUAGUGAUUUUGGUGACAAUGUCCCUUCCAUGGCGAAUGUAUUUUCUGUAGACGACACCAUUCAGAUUGACAAAGAGCAACUGGAAACUUUCAUUCCAAGCAACGGAGAUGAGUUAUUAGCAAUGAUACAAGCAGAGAGAUGGUUUUUUAUAUUAAAAUUAAGCCUCAGUUUUAUGCCAAAUGUCACUUUCUCAGAACCAAUAAAACAUGUCCAGAUAUUAAAUGAUGCUAAAGAAGACACAACUAGCAAUUAUCCGGAUAAUAUUCUGCCUUCUAAAGAUUUUCACAAUUUUCAAAUUAAUCACUUUAAAUCAAUUUGUGACAAAUUUUCACAAACCCGACAAAUCAAAAAUUACAUAGAAAAUACAAUUUUUCAAAUUCCAUGUACCAAAAAAGAUUGGAACGAAUAUUUUCUUUCUCAACUAAACCAAAAUAUUUCCAAAUCCGAGCCAAAACUAUCAACGAUAUGCCAACUAAAACCAAAAGACAUAUUUCGAGCACUUUGUGGACUUUAUGAGUGGAUGAAAGUACAGUUAUUUACUGAUUCAGCGGGGGAGUGGCUGUAUUCUCUUCUAGUAGCAUUAGUGCCGCCAUUACACCCGGACAUGCAUUCUUUAUUAAGGGAUAUUAAUCGUAUUUUUAUUGCAGAAAGACGUUCUUUUAUAAAUGAAAGUUUUUCUCAUAAAAUACUCGAUCGGAUCAAUAUUUUUAUAAUUAUAAUUUCUGACUAUUUUGGGCAGUCUGAUAUGCUUUUGAUGUGA